AUGUUAUCCAGUAAGACAACUAGUAAUAACAACAGCAAUAACAAUAAUAAUAAUAAUAACAAUAAUCAUAGACGGCAAUGGUCAGAAGGUGUUGUAUCGACAGAUAAAUUAAGUCGAUUAUAUACAGAUGAUGAUCGUCACCUUAUACAAUAUUUGGUAAAUGAAUAUCUCUUGAAAGGUUCAAAUGAUGUACUUGAUCUUAUUCGAAAUUGUCCAAAUGAAUGCUUUGAGGCACUUGUCGAUAUUAUUUGGAAUACAACAUUUCAACCAAUAGAUACAAAUGAAGAUGAUCUAGUGAUUUAUAAUCAACGUUCUUCUCUUCUUUCAUCAUCACCAACUAAUGCUCAUCGACAAGAUGCACGUCGACGUUUAGCAAUUAUUUUUAUUGAAAUAUUUAAAUUAUUAGCAACACCAACUACUCAUGGUGGUCGAUUUGAUAAACAACGACAACCACGUCUUCUCAAUUUUCCUUCACAAGCUCGUCAAUUAAUAAAUUAUGAACCUGAUAUAUGUGGAUUAAGUUGUCUUGCAUUAGCUUCAAUUAUUCUUAUUAAUCCUCUUAUUAUUCAUCAUCAAAUAACAUUGGUAAUCGAUGCUCUUAAAUAUUCAGCUAAUCAAUUUAUUAAAGCAAAUCUUUCUUUCGAUACACCAUCGACAUUUGCUGUUUCUAUUUAUUCAUUAUUCUAUUUAUUGUAUAUACUUUAUCCUAAUAAUCUUCGCCGAGAACUUCAACCAGACGCUACACAAACAAUUAAUAGUAAUGAAAAAUCUACAAAUAGAUUGGGUAUUGAAAAAGUUUUAUUGCCACUCUGUUAUCAUUUUAAACUUCAACCAAGUGUUGUUUGUGGUACAUCUGAUAUUGAAAAACAAGAAAAUCGUUGGCAAAAUGAAUCUUGGCAACAAUUAAUUGCUCAUGGUGAUCGUUAUGUGGUAUCGGAUGAUAUAUCUCCAUUAUUAUUAAAUGAUUUUAAAAAACGUAAAGAUGAAGAAAUAAAAAAAAACACAGAUUCAUGUCGAUUUGAAAUUGAUCAAAUAAUUCGUAUGUGUAAUGAAUACACUGAAAGUGUUUUACAUCCAAGUGAAAUUAAAAGUCAGAUAGUUAAAAGUACAAUUGAGAAACAAUAUGGAAAAAAACAUUCGGUUGAUUCUUAUUCCAAUUAUUCAGAUUCAUAUUGUCAAACAUAUGAACAACAAUGGCAAACAACAAUACAAAAUGGACAAAUGAAUCUUUCACGUAUACAAGUUUCUGAUGAUAUGAAUCGACGUCAUAAUAAUAAUAAUCAUACAAAUGGAACAUCAAUAAAAAAAGAUGCCAAUACAAAUCAAAUUGAUCUUAAUAUACAUGCAAAAGUACAACUACAACUUGAUAUGCUAGAUUGUAAUUAUGAACAAGAUAAAAGAGAAUAUUAUGCACAAUUAAUAAGAGAUUCGAAAAAAACAACAGCUAUGCAUGAAUUAGAUAAAGAAUUAAAAAAUCAAGAAGUGCAAUAUGAAGAAUUAAUCAUGAGUCGUCAACAAAAAUGUCCAAUAAUUCAUGAUGUACGAAAUCGAAUCAAAGAAUUUCAUCGUAUGAAUGAAACAUUUUAUAAUUCUCUAUCAUCUACACAAGUUGAAUUGAAAACGGAAGAAGAUGAACAUUGGCAACAACGUUCUGUAAUUAAUGAAAAACAUUCAAAAUUACAAAAUGAAUUACAUGAUUUAGAACAAACAAAAAAUUCAAUUGAAAAUGAAAUACGUGAAAUUCAACGACAUUUAUUUGAAUCAAAACAAGAUGCUAAACAAUCAAUUGAAUUACGUGAUACAAUCGAUCAACUAUAUAUUGAUUUAAUUUGUACAAGAAAAAAACAUCAAUUAUUACAUAAUGCUUUAUUUAAUAUUAAAUUUAAAUCAACAAAUGUUGAAAAAUUACUUGUUAUAUAUCAGAAUGAAGAAAAACAAGAAGACAUAACAUUAGAUGAAAAGAAAAAGAAAUUUAAUGAUUAUAAAAAUCAACUUGAUAAACAACAAUUUGAUCUGACAACAAAACGUAAUGAUUUUAAUCAAACAAGAAAUAUGAAUACACAUAAAAUAAGUAUUAUACGUCGACAAAUUGAUUCAAUACGUAUAUGUCAAACACAAUUACAUACAAUGAAUAUUAAGAGUCAGAUUGUUCAUAAAUAG